AUGAGCAGCUCGUUGACAGGUGACAAUUCCAAAUCACUGCCAUCGCCCAUUGCGCAGACACGCCGCCCAUCGAAUGCUGCGCAGCUGUCCUUCGCCAAGCGCAAAGAGGCGCAGAGGGAGGAGCAAGUCACAUCCCUGCAGUCGCUCAUGAAUGACGGCCACUGGGUAAGCUCGCGGUCCGUUUCGCGCCCGCUACCCGUCGAUCCUACCAGGGAGUCGACAAAGGUCAAAUCGCAGCCGACACUGGCACAAUCGCGCAGCCGGUACUUCGAAGACGCCUUCCAGGCAGGCAGAGAAGUUAGCUCUGCGAAGGACCGCAUACGGAGCGAGGCUGUCAUCAUGGCUGAGGUCUACACAAACGUCAUCGUUGGCGAUGAAUUCAAUUUCAUAUUGGACCUUUCCCACCAGCUUUCCAUCCGAUAUCAGCGCCCCGUGUCCUCGAUCGUAGUCACGUUGCAGCACGGCGCGUGUAUGCUGUUCGGUGGCAGCUUCGACUCGGCUUACACCAUGUCCAUAUCUGGACUACCGAUCGAGUUUGCGCCGACAAAGAACAGACGUAUCGCGGCCCUGUUGCAGAAAUACAUGGAAGAGUCUCUAGGCGUCUUGCCACGUCGAGGAUACCUACGUUUUGUACCACUAUCAGAAGAGAAUGUCGCCUGGGACGGCAAGACAGUCGCAAGCGAGCUGGCAGAGACCCAAGGACUUGAAGACCAGCACGGCGUGGCCACAAUAUUACAGCACAAAACCAGCCGGAGACUUAGUGCCAAGGUAAAAGAAUCUCGAGUCCGCUCCGCUCCGGCUUCACUGACUAGACAGUCCAUGUCUUCACUCAAGUCGAGAUCCACCAAAACCAACAGCGCACCUGAUGGGAUUGAUCUUAUAGCAAGUCAUAGCAUGGGCAGUGGGCCACCAAUGCCGCUCAUGGCGACGGUGUGCGAAGAAGGCGAGUCGAGAGUCGGUGGUAUGACGAGUAAUGCAGACAAGGAGGAUUGUAAGGGUGAGGAGCUGUGGAAGAGCCCCAAGGUGGGAAAGAGGAAGAGCUUCGUGGCAUCAUUUUUUGGGCGUUCCAAGCCGGGUGUCUGA